AUGGCAUUGGUAUCUAAAAGAAGUUCGGCUCUGAAUCCGAAUGCUCCUCUCUUCGUACCUGCUGCAUUUCGUCAAGUGGAGGAUUUUUCACCUCAAUGGUGGGAGCUUGUGAAAUCUUCACCAUGGUUUCAUAACUAUUGGUUGAGCCAGAACGAGGAAGAUUUUGAAGCAAGUGAAGGUAUUGAUACUACAAAUGAUGAUAUAGAAAAUCUGCUGGCAGAAACUUUUGAUAUUGGCAUAGAAGAAGACUUCAAUUUUCUAGAGAAUGAGUUUGAGAAACUGGUGAUGUCCGACGAAGCUCAAGAGUGUCCGGUUAUCGAUGAACCUGUUGAGGAAAAGAAGCCUCUUCAUGGUGUUAACAAGGACGCUUUGGCUCUUCUGAAGAUCUUGUCCCCAAAUGAAAGGGGUCUCAAGUCACCUGUUGGAUCAAAGCACUUUGAGAAGCCACCACAAUAUGUUAACCUCAAGUGUGCACCUCAAAGAAUUCACCAACCUCGUUAG